UAAAAAGGUUCAAAAUACCUGCCUUACUUACCUUGUCAGACAGUCUGGACAUAUUCUUUCAGGAAUGGAAUGUUAACUCGUACAAAUUCCCGCUGUCGACCAAAGAAGCAAACCUUAGUUGACGACUUUCAAGCUUCCCGCUAGCUUGGGUCCCCCAAAUCAAUCCCCACUGGUUUGCCGCCCGCUUCGAUACCUCGCCACAGUGCCCACUGUAUGCGGCCGACCUUUACGCAGUGCUCAGCAUCCCGCCUGCAUCUACUCAACCAGAGUCGCCAUCAAUCCAGGAAAACGGCCGUUCAGGCGUAAGGUAGUUUGCAGUUUUCUGCGCCAUCCUGCAUAACCUUUUGAUUCACAGACGACUAGGGCUUCUUGCACUCUGGACACAACCGGGCUUUUGAUCUGCAAACUAUCCCGAACCAGUGGCUCAUGGUUCCCAACAUUUAGCCAUCCACUCUCUUUUCCUGAUUGAAGCACAUUUCGCUUUGGAAAUUGUGAGGAUGCAAGCCUGUCGCAGAACUUCAUGACAAGCGUCACUCUCCCCCCCCUCCCCCCAAAAAAAGCACAGACACUCAAUAGUCCAGCCCUCCUUGGUUUCUGAGUGGCUCACGCUCGAGGGUUGUUGCUCCUGUCACACCAAAGUUGGAGCUCCCAACCCGGCUUAAACAGGACAGCGGGAAAUCUUUUUUUUUUCCGCUGGGACACGCUGGCUAUCCGUGGCAGAUUCGGAGGCACGAACCCUAGACCGACAGCCCCCGUGCCAACUUCCCGGAUAGAGUUCCUCGGCGCGUCCCGCCGGUUCCACUCCCGGCCGAGACAACCCUGCAAUAUUUCAACAUACUCAGCUUUGAGUAUUUCUUUCAGCAUGUCUUUCCAGACGAACGUCCUUCAAGACGGACAAUGGGUUACACAGACUGUUGACCUGAACGCUGUUCUCAAAGCCUCAAAUUCCAAGGCUGUGGACAAGGCGCCCAGGAUUCCUGUAGCCAAGGCUCCAAGAUGCGGCAUCUUCACCAGGACGGUUGUUGAAUCCCCCGUGGUCAGACAUGUCCUCCCUUGCCGUCUGCGAUGCGCUGAUCAGGCCGAUAUUGCUUUUGUCGGGGACUAUUUUGUCGAGAUCCGCGAGUACCGUAUGGAAGAUGGUCAGCUCCAUGAUGUGAUUCGCAGAGAUGACUUCGAUGAACGCAUCAGAAAAGCGGCCGUCAUUGGCAAUCUCCCCGACAGUCUUGGGCUUCCAGCCAACAAAAGGGCGGCCGAAGAGGAUAUAGACAUGCUCAACUCAAGCUCUCAAUCACCUCAAACCGACAGUCGAAAAGAGUUGCUAGCACCUCAGAUGCUUCUCGUACUCCUGGAGAACUGUAAAUGCAUUUUCAUGGUGCUUCGCACAAAUUCGUAUGGCAGCUUUGAAUUCGUCACAUCAGAGUGCAGCAUACUCCCAGAAGCCUCCAACUCGUCAUUUGGUCACCAACUCGCUGUGGAUCCCAGCUCGCGCUAUAUUGCUUUGAGUUCUUCGGACUCAACUUUUACAGUCUGCGAACUUGAGUCCAGGCAGGUUCUCGAAAGUCGUUACCGGAACCAGGUUGACCUCAACCCAAUCAAAAACUUCCAUCCUCGAACCUACAACGGAGUUUUGCAAAUGAUGGAGUUUCUUUUCCCCAAAAAGGGCAACGAGGGCGAGGUCAUACUUCUGAUGUUCAUUGUCAGAGGCGGUCACACCCGAAUGGUGUUGUAUGACUGGGAAGCGGGCGAACCCCUUCGAGGUGCUCUAUCUCAGGAGGCUAAUGGCCAUCGUUUGUCCGCGCAGAACCAAUUACCACUUUUUCUUAUCCCAUUGAGGGUGGGCACAUCCUUCAUUGCCGUCUACAGAGAUACUUUCUGCAUCGUCAAGGACGCUCAGCUUGCUCCCCCUGAGUUCAGCGAGCUAAUCGUUGAAUCUAAACCCCCAUCGGAAUAUUAUACCGGCAACGCAACACCGUUGUGGGCCUCAUGGGCCCGACCCUUCCGCCUGUCUCAAUACGGUUCUGAUUGCGUAUAUAUUGCGAGAGAAGACGGCUGUGUCGAAAUGCUUUUCGUCAAUGAUGAUGUCGACGUAGAGGCGUCUUCAGUGGGUCGUAUGCGAUGCAGUAUCUCAACUGCAUUUGGAGUGCUGUUUGACGACACCCCUAGCGACAUUCUCGUGGCGGCUGGAGAUGCAGGGCCGGGUGUUGUUUGGAAGGUGAAAGCGAGAGCUGCCCCAGAGUAUCUUAUGCACCUCCCUAAUUGGGCUCCUGCCCUUGAUAUGGUCAAUACGCACGAUUCCCAUACCGUCCAUGAAGUUGAUAGUCGUGGGAGAAGUGUGAGUGGCACGAGGACGAUUGGAUUUCAACAAAGUCCUGAUCGAUUGUUCGCAACCUCGGGGAAAGCCGCGAGUGGCGCCGUUAUAGAGUAUCGCCAUGGCUUUCAAGCUGAUAUCGGGGUUCAGCUUGACUGCGACCCCACGACCACCAAGGCAUGGCUGCUACCCGCCACCACGACGGCCUCAGGAUCCGGCCAUUAUUUGAUUCUGACAACCCCGGACCGGUCGACCCUACUGCACCUUUCCGAUGACCUGUCCGAGCUUAGCUGCCCUGAAGAGGAUGCUGGGUUUGAUCUCCUUUCACAGACCUAUGUUGCUCAUGCUAUAUCCAAGCGUGUCAUCUUACAGGUCACUGAAACUCACUUAGCCUGUGUGGCUGCACCGCCUGAAAGCUAUCAAUGGCCUUCUAGCCAAGUUGAGCAAAAUCAUCCACGGGGCGAUGAAGACCUCCUUCAAACGCCCCUAUCCAGUGUGCGAGUGCGACUUCGGGACCUGUUCACUCACAAUACACCUGGAGAGGAUAUGGUGUUUACACACGCAGCUGCGUUGGACGAAUUUGUCUUGCUCUCGGCGACGACAAACCAUAGCACGCACAUCCACCUGUGCCGUAUUGAGCCCGACUUGUCACCAUCCGUGGUCAGAAGCUUCCCGGUUCAGGGUGAGGUAACUUGCUUGGCCUCUGGCACAUUCCGUGGUGUCAGGCAUGUUUUUGCCGGUCUAUGGCUUGACAACGUGCCAAGCUUGGCACGCUUGUCGCUUGACGGGCUGGAUGCAGGCAGACUUGAAAUUGUCCCCAUCGCUCCAGAUCCGGCUAGUUCUCUCCCGCUACCUAGCUUCGACUCAAGCAGUAUACCGCAUACCACCAUCGGCGGAUACGUUAGUAUCUCUACCGCCGAGAUAGAUGAAUAUUCUGUUCUAGUUCUUGGUACCCGCGAAGGUUCAGUUAUUACUUUUGCUUCACGUGGGGAAGAAUCAGUCGUUUGUACCGAAAAAUUCGGUUUAACUCCUGUGACCACAAGUGACUUCGGAUUCGGCGACAGGAGGGAUAUGGUCACUGUCUGUUGCGACUCGAAACUGUGGAUUCUUACCGGCUUUGACAGCAAAAGAACAAAAAAUUUCAGAGAGAAGUAUCGCGUUUGGCCAGUCGACACCCAAGAGCUGAAGCCGACCGAAGGCCCAAAGUCAACGCCGGCCCCUUCCACUAUUCCCAUUGUAUCAGCUACUGCCCUGGAUGCCCAGCUGGCACGAACCCCUCAACAUCUUCCGUUAAUGCUUACAACGGGUAACCAGAUCGUUCUCGCCGAGGUACUCCUGAAACCCCGGCAAGUCCCGUGGACGAUAUCCUUGGGUGUGACGCCAACCACUGCCAUAUACUCCCACGUAUUGAAUUGUCUCGUGGUUGGAGUGAUUGACAAAGCAAGCAAGACCACGCUAAAGUUCAUCGACUUGGAGACUGGGGAGGACAUUGCUUACCCGGUCAAACAAGACGAUGAGUCAUCUCAGUAUGUUGCCGGGCUUGGGGUUAAGGGGGAUACCAUAUUGAGCCUGUCAGAGUGGAUCUAUCAGAAAUCCAAGCAUAAAUUCGCAUUCAUCCUGGUUGGCUCGCGAUCUGCCGGCAUACAAGUGAUCACGGCAACGAACAUGGCGGAUAGCAGGACAGGGGGAAAGAGAAAGAUCAAGUACUACACCCGAUUCAAGCGAAGGGCUACGGGGCCUGUGCACUGCAUUAUUGGCCACCAGGAUGGUAUAAUAUACUGCCAGGGCUCGACACUAAAAUGGGAGAUACUCGACAACAUUCAGAAGAAGCUUGUAGUUUGGAAGACUUUUGACCUUCAAUCUCCCGCCAAGGCCCUAUCGGUUUGGGAUGGCGGCAGGGCUGAGAAUGAACAAGACCAACCACCGGGCUGGAAUCGUGAUGGUGCCAGGCUGGCCAUGAGAAGUGGAAAGACAGGUAAAGGAAAGCAAAAGGCAGCCGACGGUGACUUGUCAGAGCCGGAGGAAGAGGCGAGCAAAGAAUCGGAUGCACAGAGCCUGGAACGUAGGUUGGCAAGCCAUGUCAUUGUGACAACGAUGCACCACUCGGUCAUUGUUCUCUCUCACCGAGAUGAUAGAGCCACGGAGAUGACGCAUUCACAUUCGGACCCCUUUGAGCGUCAAGGCCUGCAUUCGAUCGGGCAGGGCAACAUGGAAGGGAGCUCGAUAUACCUCACAACAGAUAUGACGCGCGCCCUGACCGGGCUGUGGGUGCCGUGGAGACAGCCAGGCUGCAACUGCGAGGUGUUGUUCGAAGCGGAACUGCCUUCCUCGGUCAGGAAGAUGGUAGCAGCGCGCACCAGGCCCGGCUGGGCUGCGGCACAGCGGACGGCCGGCUACGGAAUAAUGAAGUGCGACGGGAUGGAAACGCUGGGAAUAUCGGUCGACGGACGCCUGCAGCACUUUCAGAUCAUUGGCGUCGAGGCCUGGGGCGUCUUGAGGCUGGUGGUCAACCUAGCCAUGGGGACCCCCGAGAUCUGCCCCUUCAUCUGGCGUUAUGCAGAGGAUUGGCAGGAAGAGCCCGAGCCCGUGUACGAUGGCGGGUUUAUGCUGCAGAUAGACGGCAACAUUGUGCAGAGGGUGCUGGACAAGAGGGCGCUGGAAGGGCUGUUUAGAAACGAAAAGCAUUUCAAGAGCCUUGUUCAGAAGCUCAAGGAUCUGGACACAGCCGAGGCGGAGGAUGGUGGCAUUUGGCGCAUGGCUGGCCUUUUGCCACCGCCGGAUGAUGCCGUAAUGAAGCACAAGGAGGUCUUUUUCGAGCUGGUGUACGCCAUCAUGGAGUAUUACCUUUCGCCCAUAAUUUGAGGCAGAAAGGUUGAUUUAUGAAGUCAAGUUGACUGCACUCUCUUUGCCAUUCAACUGUCAGUUAUGAUCUAUGUUCUAGUUCUAGUGCUAGACUGGUUCUGGUCCCCUGUUGUUUGUGUGUAGUCCCUGGUCACAACAGAAUCGCAUCUUCUUAUUUGUAUCGUUGGGAAGUCGAUAAGCCCCUGAAAAUACAGGGUGUCAGUGCCAGUAGUGUAGAAUGGUGCAGGCGGGUAGAUACUAGGCAAACAAAGGUACUCAAAGCUCUCUUGUUGACAUUUUUAUUCUAAAAUUAUAAGAGUGGCAUAGGUAGGUACAUGUAACCGUAACCAUAAAAAUCCAGCGCCGUUUUCC